CUAUUAACGGGUCACCCCGUGUUUAAUGUCAUAACAACCCGAUUUGAAAUUGUAAUAUCUGUAGUAGUUUUUUCUUUUUUUUUGUAAAUAAAAAACUGAAUUUUUAAUGUUUCCGUGUCACGGUGUUAGCGAAUGAUAACAUAAAUUAUUACCGCAGUUACUAGGUGUAUUUAUUUAAUACUUUUUAGUUAAUUAUGUAAGAGGUUAUACAAAAAGUUGGAGACUUAUUUUAAAACACAAAUAUUAUUUCUCAUCAUGACUGGUUCAUCAGAAGAAAAGCCGAAAUCGGCAAACUUUUAUUUUGCGUCGUUACUUGGUGGUGCAUUGGCUGGUAUAUCAGUAGACCUGACAUUAUAUCCUCUGGACACACUAAAGACUCGCUUACAGAGUGAACAGGGCUUCCAAAAAGCUGGAGGCUUCAGGGGAGUGUAUAAAGGUUUGUCAACAGUAGCAGCCACAUCUAUGCCAACAACGGCACUAUUCUUUGUUAGUUAUGAAGCCACUAAGAAUGUGAUACAACCUUUAGUGUUGCCGCAAUAUGCUCCUUUGGUUCAUAUGUUUGCGGCCAGUGUUGGUGAAUUGUUGGCAUGUGUAAUCAGGGUACCGACGGAAAUAGCGAAGCAAAGAAAACAAACAUAUGUAGGGAUAAAGAAAAUCAGUGCUAUAUCAAUAUUAUUGAAAGCAUACAAAGCAGAUGGAUUUAGGAAUGGUUUAUACCGAGGAUUCUUUUCAACUGUAGCAAGAGAUAUACCGUUCAGUUUGAUUGAACUACCUAUAUGGGAGUUGUUGAAGGCAACGGUAAAGGAACGGAAUAAUGGAGAGAUCACUGGUUUCCAGAGUGCUCUCUGCGGUUCAAUAGCGGGAGGUUUUACAGCCGCGGUAACCACACCUUUGGAUUUAGCCAAGACUCGUAUUAUGCUCGCCGAAGACUAUGCGGAGACCAGAAAGUUACGUAUCCGUCCGGUCCUGACCAGCAUUUACACGGAGUCCGGUCUCCGUGGUCUUUACGCGGGCUUUUUGCCGCGAAUGAUGGCAUUUACUUUAGGUGGUUUUGUUUAUUUUGGUGUUUAUGAUGAUUCGAAGAGAUUGGUUGAGAAAUUUCUAAAUAGGUAGUACAUAACAAGGUGUAUGGUUGAACCUGGAUAAAGGAGAUACUGCAUCGCGAUAUUUUACUUGUUUAUAGAGGUGUCUCUUAUCUGCCUUGCUCAUAGAGGUUGUUUGUCAGGACUGGAUUUUAUACUUCAGCUUAUCCAAGUUCUACUGUAUAUAUUUUAUAGGUCUAAGUUCAUACUUGCCUUUAAGCUUAUUGUAAUGUAGUGAAGCAAAGGAAUUGUGGUAUUUUUUGUUUUAAUUUAAACGAUGGAAAGUAUUUAAAUGAAAUACAUUUCUUUUACUUUGUGUAAUUUAUGGAACGAAUUUGUGUCAAAACGGGUAAAUUAUGAAUAUAUUGAUAAUUAUUUUUAUCUGUGUAAAAAGUUAAUGAUAAACGGUUUCGUGAAUGGUUGUAUCUAGUUUGAAAUUUUACUGUAUU